GACGAUGAGAAGUUUCGCAUUUUGUCUUGUCAUUCGUUAAUUACGUAAUCGUCGACUGUUCUGUAUUCAGCGCGAGAUCAACUUUCAGUUUCUUACCGUCGGCUGAUGAAUGUUUGUCUGGAGAGUUGGUAUUUUCUCCGACACAUGAUUUCAAAUAGAGUCUCAGUUGCAAAAACAAACGGGCUUACCGGCAUUUUGAUAUUUUCUGAAUGAAUCUGGAUGUCGUGUGCAAGCAAGAACUGUUCUAGGACAUCAUGUCUAGGCCACCUACAGGAAACAGAGGUCCAGCUAAAGAUAUGUAUUGGUUUGCCCAUGGUGGGAUUGAAACUAAUGCUGAAAAGUGCCUCUCUCAACAAAGAAGUGCUACUCCUGGAGAAGGAGAUGAAGAAAGCAAUGAUUCAAAUUCACCUACGUGGAAAUCCUUACCAGAUCGUAGAAACUUUCCAGAGGAACAGAAGUCCGCUUUUUUAAGAGAUGCAUCUCAUACAGCAGUAGAUGGAACUAAUUCUGGCCCUUCGUCUCUGGAGCGAGAAGACAGAAUGCGAGCAAGUGAAAAACGAAUGGCCGUUGAAGAAAGAAAACGACAACUAUGGGAAGCUGAACAGGAAAGGAAUGAUGCUCUUCUUAAAAAGCAUAUGGAAAGAGAAGCUGCAUUAGAAGCCCGCCGAAAUGCUCAAAGAAGUAACAUAUCAUUUGCUUUUGGCAGUUCGGUACCUAGAAAUGUUGAGUCUCUGCAUUCAUAUCAAGCAGAUUCGGAGAAAUUGAAUAAAUCUUCUGUUACAAGUGGUUUAUUAUCAAAAGAAGAAACCAAUGAAACAUACUACGAAAGCCGAUCAGUUUCUCCUUUUAACUCUAGCGGGCACAGCUUUUUGGUUGAUAGUAUUAGUCCUCAAUCAAAUUCAUCACAAAUAUGCACUUCUCACUUUGAACGAAAGACUAUGUCUCCACCUUGCUGGCUGGUAGGCUCUGGUGCUCUUAUUGGUGAUGAUAUUAUGUCUAGGAGCAUGACUGCUUCUGUACCUGCUCCAAGAGGCCGUCGAAAGAAUGACCUAAUGCCCACAGUUCCUUAUGAUCGUACUGCAGCGCCUCGAACAUCUGCAGCUUCUUCAACACGUAAAAGAUCUGUGAGCAUGACUCGUCUAGAUCAGUUAGCUCAGCCUAGAAAGCAUUAUGUUGAAGCAAAUAAAGCUAAUAGUACUGCUAGCAGUGGUACAUCAAGUAUGGUGAAGGAUAAUGUUCGCUCACCAACUAGACCUCUUUCUUCAGCAUCUGAGCAAUCUGGAGGUUCAGGUCGUGCUGCUAGUGCAGUUAAUCGGCGAAUGCGCUCCUCUCCAAGAAAACCAAGACCUGUUUCAAUUGCUGGUUCAGUGCCUGAUCAUAAGCAACCUCCAGAAUUGAAAAUAUCUCCAAUUAAAAAGGCAAACUACACAGCAAGCAAAAAGGUAGCACAGACUGGUGAAGUUAAGAAAGCUGCACCAUCAAUAAGCAAAAGUCCUCCUAAAGCAAUAGAAAAGGUAAAACAGUCAUCACUUGGUUCAUCUGCUCCUAAACCAGGUGUAACUAAAGCAACUAAGCAGCCAUCAAGUAAGCUAGCAUCUGCUAAACAGGCACCUGUUGUUAAAACUUCAACUCCGAAAGUGUCUUCUGCCAAGAAAAGUUUGACAAAUAAGAAGAAAGCUGAUAUUCUUGCCCCACCAUCAACUGGUGAUGUAUCUGAAGAUAAAACUAAUCCUUUAGCUAAGCCAACCACUAGCCCUCCUAGCUCCCCACCUCCUGAUCAAGAUAUUAAUGCAGAAAAUGAAAAGAAUAAUGCUAAACGUAUCAUCUCGGAGGAAGAAGCAAAGGCUGCUCUUGCAGAAAAACGACGUUUAGCAAGAGAACAGGCUGAAAAAGAAGCUGAAUUAGAGCGGCAAAGGCUGGAACAGUUAAAACAAGAAGAAGACAAACGUAUACGCAAAGAGGAGGAAGAGCAGAGAAAAAUGGAAGAAGAGCAAAUUCGUCUUGCAGAAGAGCAUCGUCGACAGGAAGAAGAAAAACUCAGAAAAGCAAUUGAAGAACAAGAACGUAAAGAAGAGGAAGAGAAGGCGAAGCGUGAAGAAGAAUUGCGUUUAAAAGCUGAACAAGAUAGGAAGGCCAAAGAAGAAGCUGAAAAACAAAGAAUUGAACUUGAAGAAAAGCUUCGUAAGGAGGAAGAAGAACGAGCUGAGAGGAAGAAGAGACUGGAAAAAAUAAUGAGUAGAACCCGAGGAAAAGCAAGUGGUACAUCACCAUCUGGAAGUGUCAGCAGUAGUGAUCAACUUGAUUCUGCAGAAAACCAAAAUGAAGGUUUCUCAAGUGGUGCCAAUUCAUUAGAAAGCAAUGAAGGAGGCGAUUUGGCAAGUGAAUCAGUGUCUGUAGAUGAUAAUCAAACCAAAAUUGAACAAGAAAGUGUUGGAAAUUCAACAGAAGUGAAUCCUACCUAUGAAGUUGUCAGUGAAAGUGAAUCUCUUAAUAGUAAUGAUUUGAUAAUGCCUUCUAGUGAAACUGCAUCUCUAGAUAAUAGCUUAAUAAUUAUUCCCAAUAAAGAUAACUUAGUUGAAGCUCAAUUUACUGUUGAGCAAUCAUAUGCUAAUGAUGGGCAUGCCAUUGAAAUUAGUGCUGAUGCAACUGCAAUUGAAUCUGCUGCUGAACCUACUGAUUUAGGCUUAGAUACAACUGUUGAAUGUACUGAUUUAGGCUUGGAUAUGGGUAAAAAAAGUGAUUGUUUACUUCCUGAACCUGAAAUUAAUAGUGCAGUAUCUGCUGAAAAUCUUGCAGAAUUUAAAGGUACUGCCAAAAAUACAGCUGAUGAGCAUCUGUCUAAUUUGGAUGAUGUAGAAAAUGAGAAGGUUUUUGAAAACCAGCAGGUACUAGAAAGUCAUGAAUAUAUUAGUUCUUCAAAUGAUUUUCUACAAGAACCUGUUACUGAAGCCAUUGUGGAUCAAAGUUAUUCUGUAACCGAAUCAGCAUCUUCCGAUGUUCAGGGUCUGAAAACUGAUUUGGCAGAGCCUACUGAAGUUGUCCCUACAUAUGCUGGAAUUUCAAAAGAAGCUGUUGAUAAUAUUGAUGCAAAUGAAGCCUUUGGUUUAGAUGCCGAACAGUAUGAUGAUAAUGCAAUCAAAGAGAAUGAAAUUUCUAAUACAAAUGUUGCACUGUGUGAUGAUGAUGAUGCAGUGGAAUCAAAUACAUUACCUACUGAAUUGUUGUUGCCAAAUCCUUCUAUUUCAGAUAUAGAUCCUGAAGAAGCCAUAUCUGAUGGAAAUCCUCAUUACAGUAUUUCUUCAGAUAUGAAACUCCCAGAUCCCAUAUAUGAGACAUCUGAUGAAGGCUCUGUUUCGUUUGAUAAACAGCAACAGGAAUACAGUCCUUAUAUGCUAGACCAAACGUCAGCAUAUAAUACAGAGGUAGCUGGAGUGUCAGAUGAUGUUUUUUCAGAGCAAGAUAUCACUCUUGUUAGUUCUGCUGUUCCAAAGCAGCCAGAUGAAGAAAUUAAUUUUGGUUCUAGUGAAUCUUUUCAAAAACAGUUAUUAAAUUAUGAAAAUCAAUUUCAAACAGAUAUAAAUGAAACUAAACGUGUUGCACAGGAUGAUAUGUAUGAUUAUGAAACAUCCAGUGUUUUACAAAGUGCACUUGAGCAACCACGGGAAAUAGGUGAAGAGAAUGUUGUUCCAUCUAAAUCAUCAACAUCCAGCUUCAGUGCUGUAGAACAUGACACACAAGCUGAAGUUAAAUAUCAGAAUGAUUUUGAUGUAAACAAUGAAGCAGAUAAGGAAAAUAGGAAUGAUAUUUUACAUUUCCCUUCAUCGCAACAAAAUCCAUUUCGUAAUAAUGAAGAUAAUCCUGUAGAUCCAUUUGAUAUUUAUUCAGAAAAAGAGAAUAUUCAGUUUUCUACACCUGAAUCGGAAAGAUUUACCAACGAAGUGGCAGUAGAUUUAAAUCAAAUGCAUGGUUUGGGUGUUAAUGAAAUUAAUACACAGUUUACUGAAAAUAACCCUUUUUCUACAAAUCAGUCUGAAUUUACUUUCUCUGAAUCUAAGGUAUAUAGCGAUAUCAUAGAUAAUAAACAACAAAUAAUUUCAGGUUCUGAGCAAAUUAGUGAUUUUAAUAACCAGAAUAUUACCAGUGAAUCUUCAGAUUUUGCUGAUAUAACUGUUAUAAAAGCAGAAGGAAGUGAAGAUUGUAUUGGAAUAAUAUCUUCCGUUGAUCAUGACCAAAUUUCAAAUGACUUUAUGAAACAAAGUUUACAUAAUGAACAAUUAAGCUCCAAUUUUGAAUAUGCUUCCAUUACGGACAGUGAAGAUAGUUCCUUAGAUAGUAAUUUAUCGCAAGUAAUGACUGUAGAAGACAAUAAAAAAGAAUCAAUUGAAGGUCUUAAUCAUGUCGAAAACUUUCCAGAAUCAAAAUCUGUUACAUCUAUUUCAAAUACUGUGGAACAAGAGCAGUCUUUUAUAAUUGAGCAUACUUUCAAUGGUGAUAGCUUGUCAAAAUCAAAUGGGAGUCAUCUCGGUCCUUCAGUGAUUAGCAAUGGACAUAGGAUGGAGUCUUCUGAACAAUUUCCUGAAGAAAUUAGUGAAUUCCAUGACUACAUACAAUUAGAUGGCAAAGACAUUUCAACUGUUGAUCAUUCAAAAAGCAACAUCUUUGAAAAUGUAGAUGCCAUCGACUUUAGCAAAGUGUCCCCAGAUCCCUUUCUGGCAAAGGGAAAUUCCAAUCAAAUUUCUGGGAAUCCUUUCCUUAUGCAGGAUGAUCAGAAACAAGUCCUAAUGACACCAGAUUUCUUCAACUGAAGUAUCUAAUGCUGGGCAAUGAAACUCUAAAAGUCCUAUUUUGUAUGGAAAACUUAGAGAAUAUGGAACUUUUAUUCAGUCAGGCAGUUAGUUUCCUGGCAUUUUUACCAAAGCUUUUCUUUGCUGCUGUUCAUGUUUAGUUUUGUUCAUAUUAGUGUUUUGUACUAAUUAUUUUUUGGGCUUAUUUUAGCCAAUUUGUGAUAAAAAUAUUUUCCUAAGUACUAUGUACAAGAGUUUUUAAAGGCAGCUAUGUUCUGCAUUUCAACUGUCAUGUGAAAGCUGUUACUUAAAAUUUUUCUUUAUCUUCCCUCAUUAAAAAAUCAAAUUUAAAUAUAAUCAGCACAUCCAAAAGUUAUUCUUUUGUUAAAAUUUUUAAAUUGUAUGUUGUAAAUUAUAACUUCAUGCUUUUAAUGUUGAUAAUUUCAAGAUUUGUAUUUAUGUAAAAUAUGUUGAAAUCUUUUAAAAGAAAUUUUAUCCAUAUUUCAUCUUCUGAAUGCAUCAGGUUUGGCCUUAAGGUAUUGUCUAGUCAAAAGGAGAGUAUAUUCUGUCAGAAAACUAAUCUUUUGACUAAAAGUUUUUAAAUUUGUAAUACUUCUUAACACAUAUGUGUUUGAGACCCAUAAAGUCAGAAUGCUGCUCAGUCAUGUAUUUAAAAUAUAGCUUAUUCAAGAAGAUUGCUAAAAUUAGCUUCUACAGUUCUAUAGUAAUGUUUUUAUCUUGCUACUUAAUUUAUGUAAAUUUGUUUCCAGUGAAGUUUUCACAGCUGUUUUCAUAUCCUUAGUUUGUUGUUUGUAAUAUAUCAAAUAUUUCUUUAAUAAUUUCCUAAAAUAAUAUUUUGCAGAAAAUUGUUAAAUUCGUCAAGGUAUUUUUUUAUAUUUUAGCUCUCUUAAUUUCAUGUAUAAUUUGUAUUCAUUUUGUGGUGUGUUGGAAGUGCAGUAGCAGCUUCUGAUAUAAAUAGAUCGUAUCAUUUGCUUUGUGUGUAGGUUAUAUUUAAUUUUGUAUUUUCUGCCCCUGAGUAUAUGAGCUGCUGUCUUUGUACCAGUUCUUUUUUAGCUGGUGUAACAGUGUAAAGAGAUGAAUAAAUUAUAUAUGCAUUUUUUAAAA